CUUUACCUUACUUUCCUUUUUCAUUUCUCUGUUCUUUUGCCCUCUUAUUAUUCUUUCCUUCCCCUCUAGGUGGAGUAAAUUUUCAAUCUUUAGGGUUCCUUGUUCUUCAUUCUUCCCUUGCAUCACCCAGAUUGUGCUUCUUGUUUCUUGAGUCUUUCUCUUUCCAUCUGGCACAUUGUUUUUGUAUGAUCAGGAAAGUCGAAAUGCUUUUCUCAGUUGGUUUAUCAGAUUGAUCCUUCUUCUUGGGAAUAUUUUUUUCUUUGGAAUUUGGGUUUCUGUGAAAUUGUGAAGGCUGAUCCUUUCUGGGUUUCCUUGAUCAAACUGUGAAACUCAGUUAGAGGGUAGCAAGUAAAUUCUGUUAGUUGAAUUGGGUUUCUUUCUUUUCCCUCCAUAUUGUUUAAAUUCUUGAACUUUUUUAGUUGUUUUUGAUUGAUUUCUUUCAAUUUUUGGGUUCUUCUGUGAAUUCUUGAAGCUUUCCUUCUCUGGAAUUCUGGUUCCAUGGGACUCUGUCAUGCAAAACCCAUUGAGUUUCAACAGAACCAAACCAGAGACCUCUCUGUUCCCAGUGAAAAUGAUCCACCCCCAAAUUCCCGCACCUCCAAAUCCUCUUCAACCUUCCCCUUUUACAGCCCGAGUCCACUGCCAAGCCUUUUCAAGAACUCACCGGCGGUACCAAGCGUGAAUUCUACUCCUCUGCGGAUCUUCAAGCGGCCAUUUCCACCUCCUUCUCCGGCAAAGCAUAUCCGGGCACUGCUUGCCAGAAGGCAUGGCUCUAUUAAGCCCAACGAAGCCUCAAUUCCUGAGGGAAGUGAGUGUGAGAUUGGUUUGGAUAAAAAUUUCGGGUUCUCGAAGCACUUUGCUUCUCAUUAUGAGCUUGGUGAGGAGGUGGGACGCGGGCAUUUUGGGUAUACUUGCUUGGCCAAGGGCAAGAAAGGAAGCCUGAAGCACCAGGAAGUAGCAGUCAAAGUCAUUCCAAAAUCCAAGAUGACUACAGCAAUUGCCAUAGAGGAUGUAAGACGGGAAGUAAAGAUAUUAAGGGCUUUAACUGGUCAUAAGAACUUAGUGCAGUUCUAUGAUGCCUAUGAAGAUGAUGACAAUGUUUAUAUAGUAAUGGAGUUGUGCAAAGGUGGUGAACUGUUAGAUAGAAUACUUUCAAGGGGUGGAAAAUACUCAGAAGAAGAUGCUAGGGCUGUUAUGGUGCAGAUCAUAAGUGUGGUAGCUUUUUGUCACUUACAAGGUGUGGUUCACCGUGAUCUCAAGCCAGAGAAUUUUCUUUUUUCUACUAAAGAUGAAAAUUCCCAAUUGAAGGCCAUUGAUUUUGGACUCUCCGACUACGUAAAGCCUGAUGAAAGGUUGAAUGACAUUGUAGGGAGUGCAUAUUAUGUUGCCCCAGAAGUUCUUCAUAGAUCAUAUGGGACUGAAGCAGACAUGUGGAGUAUUGGAGUAAUUGCUUACAUACUUCUUUGUGGAAGCCGGCCAUUUUGGGCACGGACUGAAUCAGGCAUCUUCCGUGCUGUCCUUAAAGCAGAUCCAAGCUUUGAUGAAGCCCCUUGGCCUUCUUUAUCCCCAGAAGCAAUUGAUUUUGUAAAGAGAUUGUUAAACAAGGACUACCGUAAGAGACUAACUGCUGCUCAGGCUCUGAGUCAUCCAUGGUUGGCCAAUUAUCAUGACAUAAAGAUACCACAAGAUAUGAUUGUAUACAGACUUGUAAAAGCAUAUAUAUUCUCCUCUUCUCUACGGAAAUCAGCAUUGGGGGCUCUUGCAAAGACAUUAACUGUGCCUCAGCUGGCUUAUCUCCGGGAGCAAUUCACAUUGUUAGGUCCAAAUAAAAAUGGUUUCAUUUCCAUGCAGAAUUAUAAGACGGCAGUGACAAGGAACUCAACUGAUGCAAUGAAGGAAUCUCGGGUUGUAGAUUAUGUAAACAUGAUUGGUUCUCUUCAAUAUAGAAAAUUGGAUUUUGAAGAAUUUUGUGCUGCUGCCAUAAGUGUGCAUCAGCUAGAAGGAAUGGAUACUUGGGAGCAACAUGCAAGACGCGCAUAUGAGUUGUUUGAGAAAGAUGGAAAUAGGCCCAUUAUGAUUGAAGAACUUGCUUCCGUAACCCCUCACGAAGCCCCUUUUUUUUACAAGUUCUUUACUACUUAGAGCUUGGAUAUACAACUCAGAAUUUCCGUUUAUUUUAGUUUGGUUUUAGCAUUUCAUUUGCGAUUUUUUUGUUUGCUCAGAAAUUACAGCACUGACACAGCUGUAAUUUCCUUUCAGGAACUCGGACUUAGCCCAUCUGUGCCAGUUCAUGUAGUUCUCCAAGACUGGAUUAGACACGCAGAUGGAAAGCUCAGUUUCCUGGGGUUUGUUCGACUUCUACAUGGGGUUUCCUCUCGCACAUUUCAGAAAGUUCAAAUAGGAGCCCAACAAUAAUUCAUUUUAUCCUUUCCUUGCCAACCAUCUCACCAGUGGUGACAAAUGCCUCCAGCCAAGGCUCUGAUAUGUCUCAAUCAUGCCUCCGGCCAAGUUUUCACACAUCUUAAUCAUGAAAUGGGGUGCCAUAGCUUCAAGCUAAAGCCAAUACAUCCAAGGCUGAUGAAGCAAUUCGUGAUAUCUGUCUCACGUCUGUUUUAUUCUUGCUUUUGUUUUAUUUUUUCUCGUGCUUUUUGCCUUCCCUUUUUUGGUCCAUUUUAGUUUUAACGAUUAUUAGAGGAUUGUACAGAUUAGAGUGGGUUACAAAAUGUAUUUAGUGUUAGUAAACAGCUUAUGAAGUUGCUUUCAUGGGCGCACCCUUUCUACAUCUUAUAAUGUUAAUGUUGAGUUGGAGAAAAACCUGAACAAUUGUGGAAAGAAAAAUGGCUUCAAGAGUUCCAUUUCACCGAACAUUGUAAAAUCUCUGAAGCAAAAUUCAU